AUGCUUCUUUUGUGUGCACUUAUCCAUUUGUUGGCUGUAACAGUAUCGAAUGGUCUGCGAAUCCUAUACUUGGAUGUUCCUCAGAGUGUUGGAUCAAGACAAGAGGUCAGACUUGGUUGUAGGUACGACUUGGAAAAGGACAGCCUAUAUUCAGUGAAGUGGUAUAAGGACGAUUUGGAAUUUUUUCGUUUCGUACCGAAAGAAAACCCGCAACGUCAGUUCUUUCCCUUAGACGGUAUUAACGUUGAUUUUACCCGCUCUAACAAGGAUGUGGUACUUAUUGAAGACGUUCAGAUGGCCACUGGGGGGAUGUAUAGGUGUGAAGUGUCUGCUGAUGCUCCAUCCUUUAGAACGGUGUCAACAGAAAAAAUGAUGGUUGUCAAAGCCGAUACAGGAGGAGGUGUGCGAAGACAUUGUGAAAAUAACACCGUACUAAUCCUAUUUCUUCUCAUUCUUCUAUUUGGAAUUGGGAUUACUCGUAUAAAUUAGCUGAUAUCAUGCUAAUGAAAAUAAACAUUGAACUAGCAUUGAUGAAUGUUGUUAGAAAUAAGGUCAGUUAAUAUCAUAUCGUUGCCUUUUUUCCAUACUUAUCUUUACAUCAAUGCCUCAUCUUGUUCAGGUACAACCUAAGGCGGUGUGUGUUAGUGCUAUAACAAGCUGUGUAAUAAUGCUAAGCUUAUAUCAGUGUAAUUUUCACCACCGUGGUCUGAAUUGUGGUGUAAUUUUUGGCGGGAUAAUAUAAUAUAA